AUGCUGACAGACUCUAAGGACGGUACCUCGCUGUUUGACCUCACUUCUGGCGCCUCGCCCGCCCCUGACGCCACAGCUGACAAUGCGACCCGCUCACAGUGGCUUACCCAUGACGCUGCUGCUCGCCUAGCCGUUCGCAACCACCUGCCGUUAGCCGAACGCGCCCACUUUGGCCAGCAUAAGAUAGCGAAAGCACUGUACGACGCUGUAGUCGCUUGUUACUCCUCCCCGGCCACUGCUGCUUUAGGCCGCCUUAUCCUGCCCUACCUGUUUCCAGACCUGUCCGCCUUUGCCACAGUAGCCGACCUAGUCACUCACCUCCGCACUAGUAACACUCGCUACCGUGCUGCGCUCCCCGCCGAGUUUCUCACCAAGAACCCCCCCCCCAUGUGCAUCACGCUCUACUUCAUAGUCACCCCCCUCCUUGACUCUCUUACUGCAGUCAGGGACCUCCUCCUGACCGACCUCACAGUCGACCUGCUCGAGAAGCACCUCCUAGCCGCUGAGACUAGCAUAGUCGAUGUACGCGCUUCUCGUGGCACUCCUCGCACCCCCUUCUUUGAGGGGUGUUCACCCUCCCCCCUUCUCCCCUCAGUCGCCUCUGCUGCAGCUGUUGACUACCUUCGAGCUAAGGAGGUAGGAGCUGCGUCUGCCCCUAGUGGGAGGCCCCGUAGCGGCAGGGGAAGGGGAGGCAGGGGAGGUGGGGGUGGCAGAGGUGGAGGCGGUGGUGGGGGCGGUGGAGGCGGUGGUGGGGGCGGCGGUGGAGGAGGUAGUGCUGGUGGGGACGGCGGGGCAGGUGGCGGAGGUGGUGGCGGCAGUGGGAGUGGUGGCGGCAGCGGUGGUGGCGGCGGUAGUGGCGGCAGUGGGGGUGGAGGCGGCGGCAGUGGGGGCGGCAGGGGUGGCACCAGCCAGAGGGGAGGCCUUGGAGGUGGCCAGCGGCAGCAGCAGCGUCAGCCUCUUUCGUCUCAGGAGCUCCGUGAGUGGUUUGCUCAGCUUGGGGCGGCUGGGGGUAGUGGUCCCUGCCCGUAUGCCAUUCGCACAGGUGACCGCACUUGUCAGAUAUGCGGGAGGUCUCACACUCAGCACCGCUGCAUCUACCGCCUUACCGAUGCCUUCCGCGCAGAGUUCCCCAACGAGGAUGAGCUCCCCGAGUGGGCAGCGCUGCUUAGGAAGAAUGUUGAUAUCUUUGCUCUAGACUUUGAUGCUAUCCUAUCUGCCAUGUAUGCAUUGUCUGUUAGUGCUGAGGGUGAGUGUUACCUGUGUAUGCCGCCAGACCUAGGUAUAGAGGCUGCUGCUCUAGGUGCUAGUGAGUCUGCUGGUGAGUCUGCUCUCUCUGGUACUGAGUCUCCUGCGGCCCUGCACACCUUCACGCUUGACUCAGGGGCCCAGUCCUUGCACGUUCCUCCACUGUUCUGCCCUGUCCGGCGAUUCCGUCUGGGUCACUGUUAG